AUGCAUGUUUUUAUUAACAAACCUGAAACAUCUAUUUCUGCAGCUUCAACUUCAACUUCAACUUCCUCCUCCACAUCUAUUUCUGCAGCUGAUAUCAAUGUCACUCCUCUGAGACAGCUAGUCAUUAUGUCAACACGUAGUGAUAGAGAUUGGAUGUACAAAAGGUUAGAUCAUGGGUAUCUUAGCAUAGCAUAUCAUGCAUCCGUCAAAGGAUUUCUAGAUGUUGCUUUUUCUAAUGAAGCAACUGUUGAUGGAGAUUAUAUUAGAUGUCCUUGUUUUAAAUGCAAGAACAUGUAUUAUAAAACAAGAGGUGAUGUAGAGCUUCACUUGUUACAAAACGGUUUCACUCCUAAUUACACAACUUGGUGGGCACAUGGUGAAAGAAAUACGAUAUCUCAGCAUGAGGAAGAAUCUUCUAAUCCGAUGCAGGAUCCGAUGGAAGAUGAUGAUGAUGAUGAUCUUAAUGGGUACAUUCCUAGUUAUACCAUGGUCGACUCUCGAUUAAGCAUUUUCAAAGUUCCAUCUCGAAGAUUAUUCGAAAAAAGUGGUCAACGGAGGCCUUUGACAGAUGAUGAGAUGCGUAUUGCUCAUAAUUACAUCUUGAUCAAUUGUGUUGAGGUUCUACCUUUUUUAAGGUUGUUUGAAAAUUAUGUGAUCCAAAGCCAACCUGAUAUGGAUGAUGGAGCAUUUGAAAGGUUUAGGGAUCAACAUUUUGCUAAGUGGUUUAAAGAUCAUGAUUUGAAAGAUUGGUGGGCUGUCGUCAAGACGAAACCAAGGGGUGUAUAUGAUCUACGACAAUGUGUUACUGAAGAAGAUGAUGAUGAGGAUGAAGAGGACCAAUUCUUUCAAGAAAGUGAAGCGACUUUACCUUCUACAAGUAGCGGUGCAAAUGAGGUGGCAGGACCCCUUUCUCAUGUAAUUGAAGGAGAAAUAGAAGAAGUUAAUGACAAUGACAUUGAGAGAGAAGAGGAUGAAGAAGUUGAUGAUAACUUGGAUGAUUCAUCCGAAGAUGAUAUUGAAGAUGAAAACAUAUGUGAUGAUAAUUCUGAUGAUGAGUAA